AUGGCAGAGGCCGCCUUUUCGGAGGACGGGAAAUAUUAUUCACUAAUUACACAGGACGGUAGAUUGAGAAUAUGGGACACAGAAACUAAUGUGCUCAAACAGGAGUAUACUCCGGACCUUCAUUUAACAUCACCUCCCUCGUGUUUACAGUGGAUAUCUGUCAAUUCAAAUACAAGUCCCACAAAAGGCGUCAGAAGAAAAUCGUUCAGUGGAAACGAAACACAAUGUAUAGCUUUAGGAACAGCUAGCGGGAAAAUACUUAUAUACUCAGUGAGCCAGGCGCAAAUAGAGACAGUUUUAACGGAUAAAGGCAAUGCUAUUCACAGUAGAGUACAAAGCUUGGAUUGGCAUAGAAAAUACGGUCUAUUCAGUUGCACGAGUGACAGUCAUGUGUGGGAAUGGGACUUGGAGAGUUCUUGUGUUAGAAAUAAAUACAAUAUACAUGUAUAUAGUAAGAACAAACAGGGGAAUAAGAUCAGUGCUAUCAGGAUUGUACCACAUAAUCAGAAAACAGCAGCAAAAUUCCUCAUAUCUUCAUCAUGGCAGAUACGUUUGUGGAGAUUAAAUGAUUCCGAAGCCACCCUCGUCAAAUGUUUGGGCCACAACGCUGCUCCGCGGGCUUUAUUAACUAUUGCCACAGUUAAUAAUAGUAGUUGGUUGAUUGAAGGCUCUCAAACCGAACGCCUCCUAUCUUUCUGGGAUGUAACAAUCACCGAAGAAAAUUUACCACAAGAGAACUCCGAAGAAUCAACACCGUGUAAGAAACAAAGGAAGAAAUCAUUGACUUCAUCAACGGUGCCUGUGCCUACAUAUAACUUUGUUCUUGAAGAUGCUCCGAGGAUCAUCGAUGUUGAACUAAAAGUUGAGAACGGGGCUACAAGACUGUCUUUGGCAGCGGCAACUAGGAGUGGAGUUGUACAUUAUUAUGGACAUUUGCUCAAUGGAGCAUCACCAAAACCUGUCAAGCCGUCAGUGACUAUCCAAGUUACUACAGAGGACGCUCAACCCCUCCCCUUACAAUGUGUGCAACUACCGAAAACUGGAGACUUACUUAUUGGGUAUUGCAGUGGACCAGCUAUAGUGUUUGAGAAAGUUAUACCAGAUUUGAAGACAAAAACUCAAGUCCUUAUACGAGGUGACAAAUCAAAGGAGGAUAAAAAUGAAGUUGUGGCAAAAGAAAAUGAUCAAAUAACUUAUGUUGAGCCAAUGGGUGGAGUUAGUAGGAAACGAGGCAGUGUAGGAGGAAAGGUUGAAGUAACUAUGGAGUCCCGUUUAUCAAACCUGUCUCUGGACGUGAAAAGUCGGAGUAAAACAGCUGUUAAUCAGAACUUGACGAAGCUUUUAAUACAGGGAUUACACUCCAGAGAUAAAAAUUUAAUACUAACGGUUCUUCAACGUAACGACCCAGCGGUGGCUCACAAUACAAUAUCAUGUCUCCCCGUUGACUACAUACCAGCUUUAUUAGAACAACUAACUGAUAUGGCUACUAGGAAAACAAGCCAAUGUUCAUCAGUGUGUACGUGGCUGUGCUCGGUCCUCCAGUGUCACUCGGCCUCCCUACUGGCAACCUCGCCUCAUCACUCGGAACACCUCACACGACUACUGGCUAUAUUCACACAACGGCGCUCCAACCUGUGUCAGCUGCUGAGUCUGAAGGGCCGGCUUGACCUCACGUCGUGCAGACGACUCGCGCCCGAAGGAGACUCACACACACUACUGCAAUAUGAAGAUUCGUCAUCAGAUGAAGAGCUUCCUCCCGAGGGUUACGAGUCAGACAGCCGCCAGUCGUGGGAGGACGGCGACACAGACUGA